AUGGCUCCUACAUUUGAUUCAGUUCGUGCUAUUAACCCAUGCAGACAAAAUUGGAAAAUCAAAGUUCGUGUGGUUCGAUUAUGGACUAUGCCCGGACGCUACUCUCAUGAAGAGAUAUCAUCCAUGGAAAUGAUUCUCAGGGAUGAGGAUGGUGACAACAUCCAUGCUAUAGUUAAGACUGCCUUCCUUCCACGACAUCGCAAGAAUUUUGAAGAGGGAAAAACAUAUGUGGUUUCAUAUUUUUAUGUUUCUCCCAAUACAGGCUCAUACCGAACCACUAAUCAUCCCUACCGAGCAAACUUUAUUUUUUCCACUUCUGUUCGACCAUAUGCGGAUGAUGGCAAAAUAAACAACUUUGGUUUUGUAUCCCAUUCAUUGUCUAAAAUAUUAGCCGAUCAGUUUGAUGAUCGAUAUCUAAUUGAUGUCAUCGGGUUACUAACUGGAGUGGGAGAAAAAGAAGAAUGCAAUGUCAAUGGACACACACAGUUUAGGCUUGAUGUAGAGUUACUGGAUGAAGGGAAGGAAAAACUAGAAUGUACACCGUGGGGAGAUUUUACUAAUGAAGUUCUGCAGCAUGUGUCUCGUGUCCACACUGGAAGGAAAAAAGUCUCUAAUUCCAUGUACUCUUCCCCUCUCCUGAUUCAUCUUGCAAUACAAGAAGUGCAAGAGUUUUUGCAAAUAUUGAAAAGUGUUGGGAUUCAGUUGGGCCAAACACCUGCUCGAAUUGCUCCACAAAUUGUAGUAUCUGUGGCCGACGAUCUACUGGCUUUAGAUGACCACAGAAAAAUAGUGGAUUUACGAUUUGGACCAACAGAAUCUAUAGUGAUUACUAUGGCAGAUAUUGUAGAUAUGAGAUCUAAUCGUGGAUGGAUGUACACAUCAUGCAAACAGUGUAGCAAGAAAGUGGUUCCAGAUGGAGAAGAAUCUAAAGUUGCAAUUGUAAACACUACCAAUGUUGAGAAGGCAAACCCAUUUGGUAAUUUCUCAUCAGCUGAUUGUCAAGUUGAGGUAAAGAGUAGCAAGCACAAUGCUUGUUUCGUGGAAAUCCCUUCUACUACAUCUGGACAUAAUGGUGCAAAGAACGGUACUGAAAAUAUGUUAAAUCAUCCACUUGGUGGAAAUCUUGAAGCUGAUGAAAAUAAUACAUCAUUUGCAAGACGCCGUAGAGCAAAACGUAAACAAAUCUAG